AUGUGUGGGUGUGGGCUAGGAGGUGUUGCAGCAAGUGUUGGAAUAUUUGGUGCAGUUGCUGUAAAUGAGUUGACAAAAGCUGCUACGGUUUCCGCAUUUGAAUUCGCUACUGAGGAGGGUAUAAAAGCAGGUAUCCAAGCAGCAAUUGCAAAAAUAAAAGGUACAUCUGCUUUUCUUCAAUUAAAAAAUGUACCGUGGUCAAAUUUCAUUGAUGGAUCAAAUUAUAAUACUAUCCCUAGUCUUGUUAAUGCUGUUACAAAUGCCAUCAAUUCAACUGGAAAAACGUGCAAUGAUUAUGGUACCUCUAUGGAUCAGGCGUGUAGUGCAAUAGGAACUAAUGUUAAUGCAUGGUUAGGUCCAGUUGCACAAGCCGCUAAAGAUACGACUGCUUCCAUAACCGAAAGUAUUAAAACUGGUAAACUUGGUGAGGUAGCAACUACAAGUUCCAAUUUGUACAGUGCAAUUGGUUACUCCGUCCUUGCCAUAUUAAUUAUAGUUUUAGUUAUGAUAAUAAUUUAUUUAGUUUUACGUUAUCGACGAAAAAAAAAAAUGAAUAUAAAAUCCCAAUACAAAAAAUUAUUAAAUCAAUAA